AUGUGCCCGAUUGGAUGGAUGAGCGUGUUUGUGACUCCAGGCGGAUACAUAGCGGGUGGUACCAUACUCAUCCCACCUGGAUACGACGCUGGUUUGAAAAAUAAUCAUAAGAAAAGGAAUGUUUUGAGACACAUGCCGGCCAUCUCUGAUGUGGUCUUCGCUAAUCCGCUCGUCUUCAACCAAGCUCCUCAGAUCAAGUCUGCCGCUCAGAUUUUGGAGGAGAUUUGCUUCGCGAGAGGCUGGGGCCAACCAGAGUACAAGUAUGCCGAGGUCAUUGUACUUGAAGGUGGGAAAGAAUGCAUCCAGUACAUUUCUCAAGUGACCAUUCCCAUGCUGGCGAACAACGGAUUGUACUUCAGCCCAUCGUCGCCAUGCAGGUCGAAGGAGGAGUCCUUCAUGCUGGCCGCCUUCACUGUCCUCACUCAGAUCGGAGGUGAUUUCCAGCCAUUAACACCACUGACGCCACUGACGCCACUGACACCAGCUACGGUGAUCCAACAUUCGCCAACUGGUCAGCUCAUCACUUCCACCAUAUUGCCUCCCCAUCUGACUCCUCCUCAUAUGGCUCCUCCCCAUCUGGCCCCUCCACAGCUGGCCCACCCACAACUGGCUCAGCCGGCACCUGCCCAGCAGUUUGUGGUCCCAGCCACAUCUGCUCAGAUGCAACCAGCGAUGCAGAACGGAGUGACCCAAAGAAUGGACAAGGCCAUCAUUUUGGAUGCAACGCCGUCUCCUCCUGCUCCUCCCCAAACUCUUCCUACCUACCACCCCCUGCCACCAGCCCACCUGAUGAGACCGGCCCACUUCAUUGCACCCUACCAGUAUUACGGCAUUGCACAGGUAGAGCAGGGCGUGGAUGCCUGCCAGUUUCAGCACAUCAACGGCAUGAAUGGAACCGUCCUCCCACCACAACAUCAGCAGCAACAACAACAACACGCUUACAAUGUCCUCUUGCCAAUUCAACCUGUUCAUACGCAGUACCAGCAGUACCAAUAUGCAGUCCCACUGUCGUAUGCUAUGUGAAGAUGAAGACGACGACGACGACGACGAUGAUGAUGGUGACGAAGACGACAAUGACGGAAAGAUGGUAAAGAGGAAAUGGUUAUGUUCACCAAUUUAGACUGUAGAAUAACGAUGAAGAUGACAAAGAAAAGAAACAAUAAAAAUACUUUUUGAUAAAUAAUAAAAUUCUACAAUACAUAUUUUUGUACAUAUACACAUUUUUCGAUGUUUAUCACAUUUAAACCUUAUUUAAACACUGUUUAACUUUGUAUUCUGUCUACGUUUAUUCAGAGUCUGAUGAACCACAUGAUGUAUGGGUGCUUUUGUAUUUAUUGCAGGUGGAAUUGUAUUUUGUAAUACAAAAUCACGCAACCGAUGCAAUAUUUCAUUUAAUACAAUACAAAUAAUAAGAUGCAUACAGCAAACAAACAAACAAACAAACAACAAACAACAAACAAACAAACAAACAAACAAACAAAAUAACAUUAUAAAAACAAUACAGCAGAAAACAAUACAAUGCAAUGCAAUACAAUGAUACAAUAAAUACAUACAAUAAAAUACUAUGCCAUACAUACAACAGACAUUAAAAGAAAUACAAAAAACAAUACAAAAAAUACAAAAAUACACUUUCCUGCAGUACUAUACGUCAGUCCAACGAUAUAUAUAUAUAUAUAUAUAUAUAUAUAUAUAUAUAUAUAUACCCAAAAUAUAUACCACCCGUUUCUACCUCUAAUCUUUCGAGUAUUUCGCAAUUUAUUUAUUUUUUAUUUAAUUAUUUAUUUAUUUAUUCAUUUAUUUGAACAUUAUAAAUGCAUUGGACACUUAUUUGCGUUCAGUUAGGACUUUUAAAGUCGUAAGAACAGACUUUAUUUGAAGGUUUUACGUGUUUUUUAAAUGCUUCUGUAUUAAAAUUUUUUGAGUGAAUAACAGAUAUCGUCUAAUAUGGA